GAGCAGCUCUCAUACUCAUAUUCGGAAUCAGCAUCAUCGAUAACCUAUAACCCACUAGGUUUCGUUGAAAAAGCGAGGGGGCACUUAAAAACGUUCUCUCGUUAGUCAGAUAGUUUUGAAAUUUUUUUCAAAAAAUGGUCAGAUUCCUUACGGUUUCCGUCAUUUUGUCCUUUUAUGAGUGCAAAAGUUUGGAUAAUUUAGGCAGUUUAUUUUAUAUUGACCUGAGUUAGAUCGAAACGGGUCAACCAAACGUGGCCCGAAUCGACUGGACUUAACUCGACCCGUUUCGGUCUCUGUGAGCGACAUCUCAUUUUGUAGAUAAAAGUGUGCUCUUCAAAACUCACUACGGAUUCAAGUCGAUUAGAUCGAUUGUUUACAAUUAUUUUGCCACGAAAUGUAAAAGUAAAUUUUGCUUAAAACACUUCGGACAUUUCUACUAUAUAUGAACAACGAUCGGUCUAAUCGGCUUGAAUCCACAAUGAACUUGGAAAGGCACACUUCAAUCUACAAUCAGACGUUGCUCAGCUCUCCAUGAUAUAUCCUUCGAGUUUUAUACGAUUAACAAAUAGAGCAAAUGGUAACGCACAGACAGCGUCACGCUAUCUUGGUGUUAAGUGAUACGAAAAUUUUCAUGGUGCGAAGUACAGGUGUCUAAAGUCUUUUUAUAUUCGAUUUAUAGAAGAUGAGAACUUUGUUAUUCUGUGCAAUAUUUUUCUUGAAUUAUGGUGAAGAAAAUAACUGAAUCAGCUGCUGCUGAGACAUGUAAUUUGAAGGGAGCACUAAUCACAACAGACUUAAUAAACGUUCGAUUUUUUUUUUUCUAAAUAGUAUAAUAAUAAAAUGGAGCUGACCUUCAACGACAUUUUUAUGUGUACUAACAAUAAACAUUUGAUUUAUAUUUUUUAUAUGCUUAUCUUUAUUGAUAAACGAGAUGAUCAUUUCUCAAUGUGGGAUUGUCAUUCAAUCAAUCUAUCUAACUUGGAAUUUUUUUUUCUCCUUGUUUUUUCUUUGUGCAAGUCGAAUUAUACAUUUUUUUCUUUCAUUCUAUGUUUUAUAAUAUUCAUUGUAUCAUUGAUACAUAAUCCUUCAUGUUUUAUGAUGGUCUUGCUUAACGGUCAUCCACUAAAUGUAGAUUGUUUCGUUCUCUUUGUUCUGUUCCUAUAAUUUUUUAUUCAUGUUUACAAAAGAACUUCGUCGUUCUCUAUCAAAAAUACGCAAAAGUAAAAAGGUAGAUAGAGAAAUGAACUCUUUUACUUUCAUCUAAUUUUUAUAUAUAAUUUGUUCAAUAUGUUUGUAUGUGUUCUUUUAGACUUCAAAGAGGAAUGAAUCAGUUGGAGUUGACAACAUAUCACCUUCUACUUUAUCACCUAAGAAUAAUCGAAUAUGUCAGGUAUGUUAAAGUUAGCAAUUAUAAAUUUCUAAGCAUUGCAUAUAUUAUAGUUGCUAAGUGUGGUAUGCUUUAGAAUACGAGAACAUUUUUGUCAUCCACAUCUGUACCGUUAGAAACGCAAUCAACUGGCGAUGUUUGGGUAUGCAUACAUACAAUGAUGGCAUUUUUUUUUGUUUCUAAAAAGUGAAUAUUUAGAAUUCCAGUAAAAAGAUACCAUUCAUUCAUUUUUAAUCGUAGAUUUUAUUUUAUUUUUAGUUAUCUGAAUUCAUAUUAAAAGUAGAAACUGGAAGUGUUUAUGAUGAAUUUGAUUCAAUUCCGUUAUGUCGUAUGACUAAUAAUAAUCUAUUUCAAGAUGGUCGAUUAUCAGAAAAUAUAGAACGAAACAGAUUUCCAGAUGUCAUUCCAUACGAUGAUACACGUGUUCGACUUAUUCCCGUUAAGGAAAAUCUUCAGGGUUAUAUUAAUGCAUCGCAUGUCAAAAUUCGUAUACAGAAUACAAUUUAUUCAUAUAUAGCAACUGAAUCACCUCUCCCAUUGACAAUAUAUGAUUUUUGGAGAAUGAUUUCGUUAAAUAAUAUUCAUGUUGUUGUUAUGUUAAUUGGAGAUUUUAUUGAAAAUGAUCAUCAAAUAUGUGCUCGUUAUUUUCCAUUGAAAAAAGAAAAUAUAUUACGGACAAACGAGUUCGAAAUUGAACUUAUAUCCGAACAGAUACGUGUCGAUUUUAUUAUUCGACAUUUUCGAAUGUAUACUAUCAAUGGUCAACGAAUAAGAACCGUUGCUCAUUUACAAUACACAGCGUGGGAUGAUAAUCAAUUACCAUUGGAAUGUCAAUCAUUCAUUGAUUUUGUUAAUGAAGUUGAUUGUGUACGUCGAUAUUAUGGUGAAACAAAUCCAUGUUUAGUUCAUUGCACGGCUGGAAUAGAAAGUGAGCAUACCAAGUGUGCUAAAAGUGAUGCGAGAACAUCGAAUGUCAUUAGUUGA